CGGGGCGGCGCUGAGGGUGGCCGAGCGCCUGGAUGCGGCCUCGCUGGCCGUGGGGGCUCUCGUUCGGGGCAGAGGAGUCCUCGGACCUCGGCCCUACCCCAGCGCGGCCGGCAGGCGGUGACCGGCAGUGCCUCUACCCGACUCCAGUCACUGGGAGCGGCCGAGUCCCUUUGGCCGCUUCCGAGCGCGGCUUCCGUCUGCAAGUAGGCGCUUUGCUGCGUCCAGCCUGGGACCAGAAGGAAAGUGCCGCCUGGGCCGAUACUCCCACCGCUGGAGGAAGGGGCGGCGCUUCCUCGGGGCGCUCGCAGAGGCUGUCUUGCAGGGGGGUCAGGGAGCGCCCUCUUUGUCCUUCUUCUGCCCGAAUUUAACCUCUGCUGGAUUACGUGGGUCUGACCACCCAUACAGAUGAGGCGGACUUGGACCUCCGCUUGCAGGUCCGCAGGCUGCCGAGAGCGCCUGUGUCCCAGCACUUUGCCACGUGCUUUGUGCCUGUGGGCAGAUCCUGUCACGAGGAAACAGCUCCACCAUCGGCUGACAGUCAGGAUGGCUGACUGGUUGGCUUCCCACAUGGUGCCCUACGUCCACAUCACACCUUAAAGAAGCUGAAGAGAAAAUGUUAAAAUGUGUCCCCUGCGCGUACAAAAAGGAACCUGUUCGUAUAUCUAACGGAAAUAAAAUAUGGACACUGAAGCUUUCUCACGAUGUUUCAAAUAAGACUCCACUGGUCCUCCUCCAUGGUUUUGGAGGAGGUCUCGGACUCUGGGCACUGAAUUUUGGAGACCUUUGCACCAAUAGACCCGUCUAUGCUUUUGACCUGUUGGGCUUCGGAAGAAGCAGCAGGCCCGUGUUUGACAGCGACGCGGAAGAGGCGGAGAACCAGUUUGUGGACUCCAUUGAAGAGUGGCGCUGUGCCCUGGAACUGGACAAAAUGAUCCUGCUUGGACACAACCUCGGUGGCUUCCUGGCUGCUGCUUACUCCCUGAAGUACCCGUCAAGGGUCAGUCAUCUCAUUUUAGUGGAGCCUUGGGGUUUCCCUGAGCGGCCAGACCUUGCGGAUCAAGACAGACCGAUUCCAGUGUGGAUCCGAGCCUUGGGAGCAGCGCUGACCCCCUUCAACCCCCUGGCCGGCCUCAGGAUCGCAGGGCCCUUCGGUUUGAGUCUGGUACAGCGUUUGAGGCCCGACUUCAAGCGGAAGUACGCUUCGAUGUUUGAGGAUGACACUGUGACCGAGUACAUCUACCACUGCAACGUGCAGUCCCCCAGUGGCGAGACGGCGUUCAAAAACAUGACUAUUCCUUACGGGUGGGCCAAGAGGCCCAUGCUGCAGCGGAUCGGCAAGAUGGACCCCGACAUUCCGGUCUCGGUGAUCUUCGGGGCCCGCUCCUGCAUAGACGGCAACUCCGGCAGCAGCAUCCAGUCCUUGCGGCCGCACUCGUACGUGAAGACCAUAAAUCUCUAUGUGAUGGGAAUGUCCAUGGCGGGCCAAGUAGGUUUACAGUUGCCAUCCUCGGGGCAGGGCAUUACGUGUACGCAGACCAGCCCGAAGAGUUCAACCACAAAGUGAAGGAGAUCUGUGACAGCGUGGACUGAGCGCCCCGGCGGCAGCGUGGGGGGAGCCUGCUGACGGUCGGUUCCUCGGCAGCAGCUCGGUCCCCGUGGGGAGUGAGGGGCACCACAGAGCCAGGCGGUCUUCCGGGCUGUACAUGUUUCCUCUCGGAGCUGCUGGAACACUCAGACAGUCAGUGCCUUCUACAGGAAAGCCUUUCCUUUCUCCUGCACAAGGUCAGGUGCACAAGAGUCUCCGAAUCUCAGAGCUUUAAUAAAAGUUGUUUGUCACUCUGCUGUACUGAAAAAUGCUAAUUUUUCAACUGAAAUGUUUUCAUUUCUAUCUAACUUUGCUAUGUCAGGUACUUUUUGUAUUUCACUCUGUAUUGCCUUAUUUUAAAAACUGAUUUCUGAAUCUAUAUUUUAUAUAUUGUAAAGGUGCACUUUAUUUUCUGCUUACAUUUAUCACAUCUAAUAAGUGAUGUAGUGCAUCAAAAUUCAAUGUGUUUUUGUGCAAAAAAACUUGUCACCUUUCUAGAAUACUUUACUUUUGAAAUGGAGUGAUGAGCACUUUGGUUUAAAAAAAUAGGAAUUAAUCACUAGCAUUAACUUUCCUGAUUUUCCUCUGUUCUCUAUUUAAAUGCAAAGCUGUGGUCCGUGUGUUAAAUGUGAUCCGUUCUGACCCAGCAGCAGCGGCCUCGCCCCUGGGACUCUUUCACGUGUGACACAGGCCUGCACCUCCUGCCGGACACAGCGUGGCUGCUUCGUGGUCCAGGCACUGGAAGGCCUCACCCACGUCUGUCCUUUCCCCUCGCAUCUGUGAGCCAGGGCACGGCCGCAGGAGCAGCCCCCCUCCCUGAGGGGAGAGGAGACUGUCACCUUCUAGGAAACCCAGGCACACGUCUUCAUGAGCCUCAAACUUUCGUAGAUGGGUGCUAAGGGCAGUAUGUUUUUACCACUGACAUGUAAAAGUAGGGGGUGCGGCUGGAUCUCACGGCACCAGAGAUGAACUAGCACCUAGGGUUUUUUUUUUAAGAGUUUUGUGUUGAUUAAAUAAUUUAUAUGCUUCAAAUUAUAUUAAAAUUCUAUAAAGUUGAUUGAACUAUUUAACAAUAACUACCAUCAAAUGUAGUCCUUUCUUGCUGGUUUAAAACGAGAAAAGCCUCUUUGGAACUGUGAAGAAGUCCAUGCGGCCACUGGCGGCUGAGAAGGCCCUCCGACCGAGAAGGCUGCAGGGGACUGUCUCAGGAAGGCGUUUCCAACUUCUGCUUUGCUGAUGUUGCUCGUCCAGGGGAAAGGCGGUUAUGUCAAUAAAAACUGUAACUUAGAGCAAAUAA